UCUCUCUCUCACACACACACACACACACACACACACCGCUGUGUUAUCACACACUUACACUCAGUGGCUGCUGGGAAGCAGCUGAUUACGGAGCUGCUGGAUGUUUGUGACAGACUCUGGUAACAACUCACAGAAUCCUUUGUGUCCCAAGUGGUUCCUGUAGCUGUCAUAAAGGUGCAGCAGUACAAGACUCCAUUGCUAAUCAAGCUGAAGACCUGAAGACGAACAGAUACAGACAUGAUCCCUUUUUCUCUCUGAGAGGAAUGGACCAAUCAGUCAGAAUGAUGCCAAAGCUGACUCAGACGUCUCCAGGCAGUGUGUUGUCGCUGAGAGGGUCUAACAUCCCAGGAUCCCCUGCUGCUGCUAUCGUGGCCAGAGUGGAGGAUGGGGUUAUUGGCUACAAGGACUUGGCAGCUUUGCCAAGAGACAAAGCCAUUCUGGAUAUAGAGAGACCAGACCUGAUGAUCUACCAGCCACACUACAGCUAUAGUCCGCUGGAGAGGUCUUUGUCACCACGGUCCAUCUCUCCUCCUCCCUCCCCAGACAACCUGUCCAAGGAGUGGCUGGAGACUCGAUCGCCUGGAGGUUCCUCUCCUGGUUCCUCCAUCCAGACCAGCAGAACAUACAGCUCACACACACCGUCAACACCACAAACGCCACAAACACCACAAACACCACAAACGCCACAAACGCCAAACACAUCAAACACAUCAAACACAUACUCCUCUGGUAGUAAGAGCACCAUGCAGCACUUCCACAGGCCAGCAAAUGGUAACAACAUCUAUAAGAAGCCCCCCAUCUAUAAAAAAGAUGUGUCGCCCUCUGCUGUACCUCAGGGGAAACACAUCGAAGAUCUGAUCAUUGAGUCGUCUAAGUUUCCAGCAGCUCAGCCUCCAGACCCAAACUUGCCCUCCAAGAUAGAGACUGAAUAUUGGCCAUGCCCCCCCUCCUUGGCUGUGAUUGAGAAGGAGUUGGGAAAGAAGGGGCAGAGUGAUGAAGAUGUAGGGAAGGAUGGGGAGCUGGAUGAUGAGCUGUGGGGACUCAGAACUCUCCAGAAACAAGAACUCAACAAGAUUCAGUCUAAUCUGGGUAAAAUCAUUCUGAAGGAGGAGUUGGGAAAGUCUGCAGCUCCUCUGAGGAGGAAAACUCGCUCACUGCCGGAUCGCAGCCAAAAUUCCGGGUCCAACACCUCCAGGUCUGUGUAUUUCCCCACCUCUGGCUUGUCCAGGCUGCAGUUAGCAGAGUUCUCUGAAAAAACUCCUGCAGGUGUGCAGAACGGUGAUUCCAGAAUGGACAGAGGAAACUCGCUCCCCAGCAUGUUAGAGAAUAAGAUUUACCCUUAUGAAAUGCUGGUGGUGACCCACAAAGAACGAAGCAAACUGCCACCUGGUGUGGACAGAACCAGACUAGAGAGACUCCUCUCUCAGGACGAGUUCUUCAGUAUUUUCGGCAUGUCCAUUGAGGAGUUCGACUGCCUCUCUCUCUGGAAGAGGAAUGAGUUGAAGAAGAAGUUCUGUCUCUUCUGACUGUUGCUGAGACUCCAUGUCCCACACUCCCAUACAUCCCUCACGACUCUGAACAAAACUAUUAGAAUCACAGACCAUUAUCACCCUCAUCUGAACAACAAGUGUAAACAUGUGACAUUUUAAAGCUGCUGUCAGUGA